AUGCCACGUGACCAUCUCAUUGGGUUAGGUGUGACGAGUGCAUCACCGGCUUAUCUAGAAGUACUCUUGGCUGCAGAGCAGAAGUGGGUCGUCUUCCAGCUUUGCAUUUGAAGAGGAAGAAGAAGAGGAAGAUAGGAAAGAUGGACGAGCUUCCGGUUAUUGAUCUGUCGUCUGCGGACGUGGCUGAGGUUGGUAAGAAGCUGUAUGAGGCGGCUAGCACGCUUGGCUUCUUUUUUGUGGAUGGAAGCGGGUUUACUCAGGAGGAGGUCGACUCGAUGUUCAAGUUGGGAGAAGAGUUCUUUGCGAGGCCUAUGGAUGAGAAAUCAAAGUAUCCUAUUACAAACAACAGGGGAUAUUCGGCAUUCAACCAGGAAGCACUUGACGUUGACGAUGGGAAAAAGAAGGGCGAUCCAAAGGAGAUUUUUAACUUUGGCCCGUUUGAGCAGUCUGCUAAUCCGGACCGGCAACCGCUUCCGCCGGUGUUCGACGAGGCCCGGCCGGCCAUGGCCGAGUUCACGGCCAAGUGUCAUGCGGUCGCCAACAGGCUGCUGGAGGCGCUCGGGACCGCGCUCGAGCUCGAGCCGGGCUGGUUCGCGAGCCGGCACGAGCUCGAGAGGCCGAGUGGGUCGACGCUGAGGAUACUGCAUUAUCCUGCGAUGACGGAUGUGGAGGGGCCGGCGGACGAGAUUCGCGCGGGCGCGCACACGGAUUACGGCGCGGUGACGUUGCUGUUUCAGCGCGAAGGCCAGGCCGGACUGGAGGUGCAGUCGCCGGUGACGAAGGAGUGGAUCCGGGUGCCGGCGCCGGGGUCGCGGGCGGCGGGUCGGAGUGCGCCGAUAGUCGUAAACAUCGCAGACCAGCUGAGCUUCUGGUCAGGCGGCGUUCUUCGGUCUGCGUACCAUCGCGUGCGGUUCCCGGCCGCGGCGCAGCGCACGGGCAAGGACCGGUACUCGAUGGCGUACUUCUGCCACCCCGCGGACGAGGUCAGGCUCGAGAAGAUGCCGAGUGCGAUUAUCGCGAGGGAGGAGGGGGGUGUGUCGUGGGAGGAGGACGGCAAGGGCCGCAACGAGGACAUCAGACGGACAGUCGUGGACGGGCGGGUGCUGACGGCGGGCGAGCACCUCGCGCGCCGGAUAGCGCUGUCUUACUACUGAGCGGUGUUUAGUUUGCUAAUACAGAAUGAGUUGUUAAGAGGAGCUGUAGCAAGUGCAGAUGGCUGUCGGAAGACGGGGACAGGGACCAAACCAGACGAGAUCAAAGACAAAACGAGACGUCUGCGGGAUAAGGUUCAAUGGUCAAGCGAAAUAAGUUUUAGACGCCGGGGCAGAUGCGUCUCUGUUGGCAGCCUUUAUC